AUGAAAAGUAAGCUUGGGCGUCCUCGGAAAAAAGGUGGUAAUGCUAAGAACGCACGAUAUACUCCUACCAGUGUAACCGAUAUUGACCAACUUGGAGGUUUGUUUUGUUACAAUAUCAAUGAAGUUCCUGAUCUAACACCCCAGGGAAUUCGUAAUGCACAGCAGAGAAGAAUGCAUAUCAUGCGUGAGAGGAGAAAAAGAGAAGAAGCUAUUGAUCUUUUGGCUACUUCUAUCAACACCGAAGAGUUUGCUUGCUUUAUUGCUACUGAUUCUGAGUCAGAUAGGGAUAAUGAUGAAGACUCUAUGUCGGAAAGUGAGGAUAUGGAAAAACCGAGGCCUGGUUAUUACGACGAUGGUGAUCCUUCCUAUAUAUGUGGUAAUUGUAAGGCUUAUAUGUGGAAAACCGGACCAACUGAUAAAUUGCGAGAGAAGGUUGUUGAGAAAAUAAAAAAUAUGCUAGAUAAACAUAACAAACAUGUGGAUGCAUUACGAAACGUUCGAGAAAAGUUUGAUCCUAACGAUGAUACAAGCCGGUUAAGAAUAAUUUUAAAGUGUGACAGGAAAAGUGAUGGAAGGACUGAGAAUCUACCAGCUAAUAAUGAAGUUGCUGCAUUGAUACCUAAUGAUUUCAAUCAUGAGAUAGAUGCAUGUGAUAUCAUCAUCGAGUGUAAAAAGACUGGGAAUCUCAAAAGGAUCAGUGUACUACAUCCUGCGUAUCUGCCUUUGCAAUAUCCAUUAUUGUUUUCCUAUGGCGAGGACGGGUUCAGACUUGGUAUCGUUAUUGGUUUUGUAGAUACCCAAGGGAGGAAAAGGUUGCAUAUUACUAUGAGAGAGUUUUUUUCUUACCGCAUACAAGAGAGGGUUGGCGAGUCACCAAUCAUCCCUUUAUCUGGAAUAUUGUUCCAGCAGUUCUUAGUGGAUGCGUACACGAUGAUUGAGACUAAUAGACUACGUUUCAUAUCAAUGAAUCAGUCUAAACUUCGUUGCGAAAAUUAUGACAAGAUAAAGAAAACUGUUGAUGAAGGUGACACUGAUCUUUCUGAAAAGGGUAAACGUAUUAUUAUACCUUCUUCUUAUACUGGUGGUACAAGGUAUAUGGUGCAACAUUAUCUAGAUGCAAUGACUACUUGCCAGCAUUUUGGUUUUCCGGAUCUUUUCAUAACCUUAACGUGUAAUCCCAAAUGGCCUGAGAUUACCAGGCACCUAAAAAGACAUAACUUGAAGCAAGAGGAUAGGCCAGAUAUAUGUACGCGAGUGUUCAAGAUGAAACUAGAUGAUCUCAUGCACAGACUCACCAAAGAAAAUGUGUUAGAUGUCGUAAAAGCCGCGAUCUACACGAUUGAGUUUCAAAAACGGGGACUACCUCAUGCACACAUCGUUCUUUUUUUAGAGGCUGGUCACAAGCUACCAACUGGUGAUGACAUUGAUAAGAUAAUAUGUGCUGAGAUUCCUAACAAGGAUAUUGAUCCACGCUGUGCUGACUACAUCCGUGCAACUAUCAAGAAUGAUGAUAAGGAAAACGAGAUUAAGAAACACUUCAACUGUAGGUAUGUAGCACCUUCGGAGUCUACGUGGAGAAUUUUUGGUAAUCAUACUCACCAUCGCAGGGUUUCUGUAGUUAAACUACCCUUUCAUUUACCGAACCAGCAAAUGGUCAUAUACAACGAGGAUGAUCCAGGUGACGAGGUUAUUAAUUGUGUCUCAGUUGGUACGUCAAAAUUCAUUGCUUGGAUGGAGUGCAACGAUAAGUAUGAACUGGCGAGGACGUUAACUUAUGCGCAACUUCCUACGAGAUUUGUGUGGAAUAACCCAAACAGGAUAUGGACGCCACGAUCAAGGAGAGUUGCUCUUGGUAGAAUCACGUACGUACCCAUUGGGGCAGGUGAAGCGUAUUAUUUAAGGCUUCUGCUUAAUUUAGUCAAAGGACCACGUAGUUUUGACGAUAUAAAAACGGUCAACAAAGUUCUACAUUCUUCGUUCAAAGACGCUUGCUAUGCGUAUGGAUUAUUGAAUGAUGACAAAGAAUAUAUUGAGGCCAUCAAUGAGGCUGGAUUGUGGCUUUCUGUCAAUUAUCUCCGUCGUCUUUUUGUGAUCCUGCUCACUACUCAUAGUAUAUCCAUUCCUUCUAGAGUUUGGGAUGCUACAUGGCAGGUAUUAUCAGAUGACAUCAUAUAUAAUUACAGAAAGGCUGCCAGGGAUCAAACUGUUAGUCUAUCUCAGGAGCAAGUUAAAGACUUUACUCUGGUCGAAAUAGAACUUCUUUUACGUGUAAGUGGGAGAUCCUUAAAAGAAUUCACACCUAUUCCGUUUCCUGAAGAUAUUACUCUGGAGUCACGUGAUAGUCCUCUUAUUCGGGAUGAGAGGAAUUACAAUCGCGAAACUCUUAGAGUUAGAAACGAGCAGAUGUUAGCCACUGUAACCAGCGAACAGAGAAAUGUUUAUGAUGAGAUCCUAGAAGCAGUAAAUAAGAACAAAGGAGGUAUGUUCUUUGUUUAUGGUUCUGGAGGUACUGGUAAAACUUAUUUGUGGAGUCUAUUAGGAUCUGCUCUACGUUCCCAAGGUGAUGUUGUUCUUAAGGUUGCAUCGAGCGGGAUUGCUGCGUUGUUAUUAGAAGGAGGCCGAACUGCGCAUUCAAGAUUUACAAUCCCUAUCGUGAUUAAUAAGUUUACCUUCUGUUCAAUCAAGAAGGACUCGAAUCUUGCCGACCUGAUAAGGAUUGCUAAACUCAUUAUAUGGGAUGAGGCGUUGAUGAUGAUUAAAGACUGUUUUGAGACUCUAGAUAGAACGAUGCGUGAUAUAUUAGAAGUUGAUAAGCCCUUUGGUGACAAGGUCAUUGUUUUAGGAGGUGAUUUCAGGCAAAUAUUGCCAGUGAUUCCAAAUGCCGGGAAGACAGAGAUACUUAUGGCCACUUUGAAUUUGUCACCUCUGUGGUACAAAUGUAGAGUGUUGAGACUUACACAGAACAUGCGACUUAUAGCUGGAGAUAAUAGCCGUGCGAUGCUUGAACAAGCUGCCUUUACAAAGUGGAUCUUAGACAUUGGUGAUGGAACGAUAAAUGACGAUGGAAGUGGUGAAGCCGUGAUUGAUAUUCCUGAUGAUCUGUUGAUUAAAUACUGUAAAGAUCCUAUAAAAACGAUCGUCAAAGAAAUUUAUGGGAGUUCAUUUUCGAAAGAGACUGAUCCUAAAUUUUUCCAAGACUGUGCCAUACUGAGUCCAAGAAACGAUGAUGUAGAUACGAUAAAUGAUUACAUGCUUUCAAAGUUGUCGGGGUGGUUAAUAUCUGUCAAGGUUGUCAGGCUCUGGAAGCAUUCAACAUUCUUCGGAAAUACUAUCGAGAUGGUUUUGUCUGAUAUCAAAGGUACUCGGAUCGCUGCAACCACUAUGCCAAACGAGUUUCCCACUCGCUGGAAAGAAAUCAAACAGGGACAGUGGAUUCGGGUUUUCAACUUUCAUGUUAAAUAA